AUGGAGCUCCUUAAAGCAAACUUAGCAAGAGAAUUGUUGUUGAUGAAACGGAAUGCUUUUGUGUACAUAUUCAGGACUACCCAGAUUACUAUCAUGUCCGUCAUUGCUUUCACGGUAUUCUUUAGAACUGAAAUGAAGAGUGGUCGACUUGAAGAUGGUGGCAAGUUUUUUGGUGCUUUGUUCUUCAGUCUUUUAAAUGUGAUGUUUAAUGGGGUUGCUGAGCUGGCGUUGACGAUUAUGAGGCUUCCCGUGUUCUUCAAACAGAGGGACUCAAUGUUUUACCCUGCGUGGGCAUUUGCAAUACCCAUAUGGAUCAUGAAGAUUCCUAUAUCAAUCAUAGAGUUUUUCCGACAACUUUUGGCUUAUAUUGGCCUACAUCAAAUGGCUUCUUCUCUUUACCGUUUCAUUGCUGUACUUGGAAGAAUCCAAAUUGUUGCAGGUGCUCUUGCCACCUUUUUGUUGCUAUUGAUUUUUGUAUUGGGUGGAUUCAUUGUUGGAAAAGAUGACAUUGGCCCAUGGAUGAAAUGGGGCUAUUACAUUUCCCCAAUAAUGUAUGGACAAAAUGCUAUUGUGAUCAACGAGUUUUUAGAUGAUCGAUGGAGCACUCCGAAUCAUGAUCCACCAUUCAGUGAACCAACUGUUGGAAAGGUUCUUCUCAAAUCCAGGGGAAUGUUCACAACCGAUAAUAUGUUUUGGGUUUGUGUCAUUGCACUUUUUGGGUUUUCGCAUCUCUUUAACCUCUUCUUUGUGUUAGCUCUGACAUAUUUGAACCCUCUCGGAGAUUCAAAAACUGUUGUUCUGACAGAAGAUGAGAAGAAUCAGAAACACCCACAAACAGGAACAGAAAUGGCAACAAGAAACAUCGUUACGAAGGGAUUGGUGCUCCCAUUUCAGCCACUCUCAGUUGCAUUUGAUCAUGUCAAUUACUAUAUAGCCAUGCCUGCUGAAAUGAAAACACAAGGAAUCGAACUAGAAGAUGUCAGUGGCACAUUCCGCCCAGGCAUUCUGACAGCUUUGGUUGGAAUCAGUGGGGCAGGAAAGACGACAUUGAUGGAUGUUUUAGCUGGAAGAAAGACUAGUGGGUAUAUUGAUGGAAGUAUCAGCAUCUCUGGUUACCCUAAAAAACAAGAAACAUUUGCUCGUGUCACUGGAUACUGUGAACAAAACGAUAUCCAUUCUCCCCAUGUCACUGUUUAUGAGUCGCUUGUGUACUCUGCCUGGUUACGUCUUGCUCCAGACAUAACCACAGAAACUCGCCAGAUGUUUGUGGAAGAAAUCAUGGAUUUGGUCGAACUGAACCCGUUAAGGAAUGUAAUAGUUGGGCUUCCAGGAGUAGAUGGUCUUUCAACAGAACAACGAAAGAGGCUGACAAUAGCAGUAGAAUUGGUUGCAAAUCCAUCAAUCAUCUUCAUGGAUGAGCCCACAUCAGGACUUGAUGCAAGAGCUGCUGCCAUUGUCAUGCGUACUGUUAGAAACACGGUCGAUACCGGUCGAACAGUCGUAUGUACAAUCCACCAACAAAGUAUCAAUAUUUUUGAGGCUUUUGACGAGUUAUUGUUGAUGAAAAUAGGCGGGAAGAUCUCCUACACCGGACCUCUCGGGCACCAUUCUAACCACCUAAUAGAAUAUUUUGAAUCUAUUCCAGGGGUUAACAAAAUCAAACAAGGUCAAAAUCCGGCCACAUGGAUGCUCGAAGUUAGUUCUUCAGCGGUUGAAGAUCAACUUGGUGUUGAUUUUGCAGAUAUCUAUGCCAACUCUGAUCUUUAUAAGAGGAGCCAAGAGCUCAUUAAGGUGCUCAGUACACCAGUACCAGGGUCCUAUGACAUUUACUUCCCUACAAAGCAUCCACAGUAUAAUGCUGUCCGGUUCUUCAUGACGACAUUGAUUGGCAUACUCUUUGGAGUGAUUUUCUGGGACAAAGGCCAAAAAAUGAACCAACAACAAGAUGUAAUGAAUCUGAUGGGAGCUAUGUAUGCUGCUGUAGUGUUUCUUGGUGGGACCAACACUGCAGUUGUACAGUCUGUGGUGUCUAUAGAAAGAACAGUUUUGUAUCGUGAGAAAGCAUCAGGGAUGUAUUCAACAAUUCCUUACACAUUUGCCUAG